CUCUCUGCGUCUCUCUCACGAGCCUCAUCCUCUUCUCUCACACACACAGUUUGAUAAAUCCAUCAAUAGUCUGCAAAAGUUUCCAAUUCAUGGCCUCACCAUCCGAACCACCCCACACCAGGCAGCAACUCAGACCCUCCAUAACCCACCUGGUCCACUCCACCACAUCCAAUCUCCUCUCGCUCCUCGCCUCCCCCAAAACGACGCCGUCGCCAUCGCUUUCCACGACUCCUCCGGAAAUCCGCGUCGCGCUCUUCCUCCCCAACUUGCCAAAACCACUCGCUUUCCAGCCCGACUCCAAACUCUCCGCCAUGAAGGGCGUGGCGUCAUCGCCCGAGUCGACCUCCGGGUUCCCGUCAACGGUCAGGAUUGCAGGGCUGAACUCGAAUAUCAAGGGCAGCGGUGGGCCGGCGUUUGUGGGCCAGGUCUUCAGUAUGUGCGACCUCUCCGGGACUGGUCUGAUGGCCGUCUCCACCCACUUCGACAUCCCCUUUAUUUCCAAAAGAACUCCCGAGUGGCUGAAGAAGAUGUUUAAAUCAAUUACUAACAGUGAGAGAAACGGCCCCGUGUUUCGAUUUUUCAUGGAUUUAGGCGAUGCAGUUACUUAUGUGAAACGGCUGAAUAUUCCGAGCGGCGUGGUGGGUGCUUGUCGUCUCGAUUUAGCAUAUGAACAUUUCAAGGAAAAGCCCCACUUAUUCCAGUUUGUUCCGAAUGAAAAACAGGUCAAGGCAGCUAACAAACUUCUCAAGACAAUGCCGCAGAGUGGCAGAUGCAAAAGGGUUGAUGGAGUUCCAGUUUUUAGUGCUCAAAACUUGGAUAUUGCAAUAGCAAGCUCAGAUGGGAUCAAAUGGUAUACUCCCUACUUUUUUGAUAAAAACAUGCUUGAUAACAUUCUCGAGGAAUCUGUAGAUCAGCAUUUCCAUUCUUUAAUUCAAACUCGGCACACGCAGCGGCGACAUGAUGUGAUUGAUGACAACAUACCAGCAGAAGUAAUUGAAGAGAUGGGCGAUAACUUGUGGGAGCCUCCAGAGGUUCAGGAAGUGAUGGAUGAGAUAGGGAAUUCUGGAAUACCCUUGAGUGUCAUUUCUAAAGCCGCUGAAAUGCAGCUCCUUUAUGCUGUUGAUAAAGUACUUCUGGGUAAUAGGUGGUUACGGAAAGCAACAGGCAUUCAACCCAAAUUCCCUUAUAUGGUUGACUCUUUCGAGAGAAGGAGUGCAGCCUCUUUUCUUAGAGCUUCUCAGUCAGCCAGAUGCCUUACGAAUGGGGAAGCAGUAAAUGAUAACGAAGAUUCUCUAGAUUGUAGCACUUCGAAGAUUAAAUCAAAGGAUGAUAUUCACACCAAUAAAGGAAACAAAACAGAUCUACGGUUUCCUUUCAGUGAUUGGUUUAGUCAUCUGUGGUCGAAACAGAAGGACCAAAAUGAAGAGUUGUCAAAGGAACGCAUAGAGCAGAGCACACUGCAAAAUCCAAACCUUCCUAAGAUUACUAUGGUUGGCAUUUCAACUGGUGCGGCAGGGCCGAUGAGUAAAGCAAAUUUAAAGAAGACGAUGGAGGAUUUAACAAAAGAAUUGGAGCAGACGGAUUCGGGAAAUGCUUUUGGUAGCGAUACAGGUAAUGAGUUGAGAUUUGAAGAUAGAGAUCCACUGUUUGUGGCAAACGUAGGUGAUUAUUAUUCUGGCAUGGCAAAGACGGGUUCGGCUAAAUGGGUUCGUGGAGGAAACAAUUAGGGGGCCUCACCAUGGCAACAUUUUUGUGUUCUCUUCGGGUAUAAUGGAGAAUAUACUUAUGAUACAUCACUGCCUCUUCCCCCCCCCCCCCCCCAUCAAACGGAAAUACAUUGUUCAGAGGCCGCGUAUUUCUUCUGACGAUGGGAUGUCGAUAUCUCUAAAUUUCUUGUGCAUUUCGAAGUAUCAUGUAUUUUCACGGUAUGCCGUUGUUAUCGCACCGUUGUUGUACAAAGGGUAGAAGAGCAGAAAUAGAAACUGUAAUUUACAUCGGUGUUCACGGAUGCGAAUCGGGUUAACAAGGAGCAGUCAAGGACCGCUCCGCCUCUUUCUUAUUCUCUUCUAGCCACUUCUUUAUAAUAUACAACAAUAACCAA